AUGGCACAGGACAUGGCGGUCAGCAGAUGUUGGGUGCUUUACUUUUUCCACUCGUUUCAUACUCACUUGCCCCAGAGUUCUGGACGACAGCUGAGACCAGCCGAGCCUCAGGGAGAUGCGGAUGCGGACGCUGAUGUGGAUGCAGAGGAUGAAGAUUCUGUUAACGAAGUGGCAGUAGAAGACAUCCGUCCAAGGCCACAAGGAUCCUCUCCAGUGUAUGAAUAUUCCGUAGAAGAAGGCUAUUUAAAGCUUGAAGAAAACAAAAAAUAUUCUACAGACAAAUCAAAACAGAGUCAUCCACAGGAGACAAUGGAAGUGACCCUGAAAACAGAAGUGGAAGCUGGUGCUAGUGGUUUCAGUGUGGCAGGUGGAGGAAAUGAAGGAAUAUUUAUCAAAAAAGUACUUAAGGAAUCUCCUGCUUCAAAAGUAUUUAGCCUGAGAGAAGGUGAUCAGCUUCUAAGUGCUACAAUAUUUUUUGAUAAUAUCAAAUAUGAAGACGCACUCAAGAUUCUCCAAUAUUCUGAGCCAUACAGAGUCCAAUUCAGCCUCAAAAGAAAAAUCGCUGUGAACGAGGAGCUGGAACACAUUCACUCUACAGCCCAAUACAAAAAGGAAACAAUAAGCCAGGAAAAUGAACUCAGUGAGAGCAUUCCAGAAGAAACGCUACACGCAUCAGGAAAAGCCAUUUCAGACGAAGACAGAGAAACAUUAAUUGUAAGCCAAAGGGUAGGGAGAAGCAAGAGACCUAAAAAAGAUAGAUUAUCGUGGCCAAAAUUCCAAUCUAUCAAAAAUAAAAAGAUACUAGCACACAGAAGAUCUCAUAGCACAUCAGACGCAUAUACACCUGCUACACAGGAUAUUUCCCCUACAAGCACAGACACAGAGUCUCAGUUUCAACAAGAAGUCCAUAUCAAAGACAAAAAAGGAAGCCAAAAGAAACUGAAGUUCCCUAGCAUUGGAUUCAAAAUGCACAGAUCCAAACCAGAAACACAAGAGAAGCCAAAAAAGGAAAUAAAAACUACUCUGUUAUCUGAAAGAGAAAAAAUACAUGAAGAAGAAAUCAGCCUGGAACAUCCCGAAAUACUGACUGUUGAAUAUACCACAUCUCCUGCUUAUGAAAUUAAACCAGGGGAGGUACAUGAAACUUCUAAAAAAGACUUAAAAGAUAUGAAAAACGGCAUUCUCUCUCAUGCAAUACAACGCCCUGAAGUUGAAAUAAGCAUUGAAAAAGAAAAAGAAAAGGAAACGACAUCAAGAUUUUCUGUAAUUGAAGAAUCGACUAUGACUACACAGAUAUCAAAGUCAAGUUUGGAAACACCAGAUCUGAAACAAACCCCAACUAAACAAUCACCAAAAUCAUCAUCGAAAUCCAGAAAAAAGAAACAAAAAGGAAUGUCACCAAAACCAAAGGAAGAAAUAGGAAUAAAUAUAGACAUGAUGGGUGACAGAGCACCAGGAUCAGUGCAGGUAAAAGGUCUAGAAAUAGGUACUGCUAAAGCAGAACUGCAAACACAUUCUGACACACUGAAAACAGCAGAAAACAAUGUAGAGGAAGACACAGAGAAAAAAGAGACAUUCAACAUCACCGACUCAAAAGCCAGCCUUGACCUGCAGGCACCUGAGGGAGCCCUCAUUAUUGAAGGGGAAGCAAAAGCCCCAGAGAAAGAGGUCUCAAAGACCAAGGACGGCAAGUUCAAGAUGCCCAAGUUCGGCAUGCCCUCCUUUGGCUGGUCCAGCAGCAGAGAGGCCAAAGGCACUGUGGCCGCUGACGUGGACGUCAGCCUCAGGGAAACCCAAGUCACAGUGCCCUCGGGAAGUGUCGAAGUUGACGUCGCUUUGCCAGCGGACGAGAUCCAAGCGCCCAGCGUGGAUGUGACCAUCGAGACGGCUGCUGCAGGAGAUGGCGAGAAAGGUCAAUUCAAGAUGCCCGACAUCAAGAUGCCCAGCGUCAAGCUGCCCAAAGUCAAAGCUCCCCACGUGCAGGUCUCGCUGCCAAAGGCAGAGGUCUCGCUGCCCAAAGCUCAGGCAGAAAGCCAGCAGGGCGACCUCGUCCUGCAGGCCCCCGAAGGCGAAGGUGGCCUGGACGUGGCUGCUGGCAAAGUUGAGGGCCCUAGCAUGAAAAUACAAAUGCCCAAAGUCAAGGUGCCCAGUGUGGCCUUCUCCAAGCCCACUGUCGAGCCUCCCAAAGUGGAUGCAGAAGUCAGCCUUCCCAAAGUCGACGCCAGCCUCCCAGAGGUGGAUGUCCAGGUCGGCACAGGCACCAUCAGCAUGGCAGCCCCUGACAUCAAGAUGCCCUCCGCUGAAGGCUCCCUUGAGAUAAAGGCGCCUGAGAUGGACCUCAAAGUGCCAUCUGGUGAAGGUUCGCUUGAUGGAGCUGAGCUGAAAGCUACUGGCCUGAAAGGGAAGUUUAAGAUGCCCAAGUUCAAUAAGCCCAAAUUUGGAAUGUCCGCUCCCAAGGUGGAAGGGCUGGAAGGCCAGGUCAGCCUGCCCACUGCAGAGGUUGACCUCCCCUCUGCCACCGUCACGGCCACAGGGGAAUUCCCCAGCGCCAAAGUGGAAGAGGCCGAGUGCGAGGUUGAGAAGCCCUCCCUCAAAAUGCCCUCAGUGGACAUCAAAGCUCCCAAGCUGGACAUCAGCCUCCCGUCUCUUGACGUCACCCUCCCAAAGGCCAGCCUCGACCUACAGGCACCCGAGGCAGCCCUCACCCUCGAAGGGGAAGCAAAAGCCCCAGAGAAAGAGGUCUCAAAGACCAAGGACGGCAAGUUCAAGAUGCCCAAGUUCGGCAUGCCCUCCUUUGGCUGGUCCAGCAGCAGAGAGGCCAAAGGCACCGUCAACACCGACGUGGACGUCAGCCUCAAGGACACCCAAGUCAAGGUGCCCUCGGGAAGUGUUGAAGUUGACAUCGCUCUGCCUGGCGCCGAGAUCCAAGCGCCCUGCGCGGAUGUGGCUGUCGAGACGACUGCUGCAGGAGACGGCGAGAAAGGCCGAUUCAAGAUGCCCGAUGUCAAGAUGCCCAGCGUCAAGCUGCCCAAAGUCAAAGCUCCCCACGUGCAGGUCUCACUGCCAAAGGCAGAGGUCUCGCUGCCCAAAGCUCAGGCAGGAGGCCAGCAGGGCGACCUCGUCCUGCAGGGCCCUGAAGGCCAAGGUGGCCUGGACGUGGCUGCUGGCAAAGUUGAGGGCCCUAGCAUGAAAAUACAAAUGCCCAAAGUCAAGGUGCCCAGUGUGGCCUUCUCCAAGCCCACUGUCGAGCCUCCCAAAGUGGAUGCAGAAGUCAGCCUUCCCAAAGUCGACGCCAGCCUGCCAGAGGUGGAUGUCCAGGUCGGCACAGGCACCAUCAGCAUGGCAGAUCCUGACAUCAAGAUGCCCUGUCUCAAAGAAUCCCUUGAGAUAAAGGCACCUGAGAUAGACCUCAAAGUGCCAUCUGGCGAAGGUUCGCUUGAUGGAGCUGAGCUGAAAGCUACUGGCCUGAAAGGGAAGUUUAAGAUGCCCAAGUUCGACAAGCCCAAAUUUGGGGUGUCCGCUCCCAAGGUGGAAGGGCUGGAAGGCCAGGUCAGCCUGCGCACCGCAGAGGUUGACCUCCCCUCUGCCACCGUCACGGCCACAGGGGAACUCCCCAGCGCCAAAGUGGAAGGGGGAAAGUGCGAGGUUGAGAAGCCGUCCCUCAAAAUGCCCACAGUGGACAUCAAAGCUCCCAAGCUGGACAUCAGCCUCCCAUCCGUUGAUGUCACCCUCCCAAAGGCCAGCCUCGACCUACAGGCACCCGAGGCAGCCCUCACCCUCGAAGGGGAAGCAAAAGCCCCAGAGAAAGAGGUCUCAAAGACCAAGGAUGGCAAGUUCAAGAUGCCCAAGUUCGGCAUGCCCUCCUUUGGCUGGUCCAGCAGCAGAGAGGCCAAAGGCACUGUGGCCGCUGACGUGGACGUCAGCCUCAAGGAACCCCAAGUCACAGUGCCCUCGGGAAGUUUCGAAGUUGAUGUCGCUCUGCCUGGGGCCGAGAUCCAAGCGCCCUGCGCGGAUGUGGCCGUCGAGAUGGCUGCUGCAGGAGAUGGCGAGAAAGGACGAUUCAAGAUGCCCGAUGUCAAGAUGCCCAGCGUCAAGCUGCCCAAAGUCAAAGCUCCCCACGUGCAGGUCUCGCUUCCCAAGGCAGAGAUCUCGCUGCCCAAAGCUCAGUCAGAAGGCCAGCAGGGCGAACUCGUCCUGCAGGGCCCUGAAGCCCAAGGUGGCCUGGACGUGGCUGCUGGCAAAGUUGAGGGCCCUAGCAUGAAAAUACAAAUGCCCAAAGUCAAGGUGCCCAGUGUGGCCUUCUCCAAGCCCACUGUCGAGCCUCCCAAAGUGGAUGCAGAAGUCAGCCUUCCCAAAGUCGACGCCAGCCUCCCAGAGGUGGAUGUCCAGGUCAGCACAGGCACCAUCAGCAUGGCAGAUCCUGACAUCAAGAUGCCCUGUCUCAAAGAAUCCCUUGAGAUAAAGGCACCUGAGAUAGACCUCAAAGUGCCCUCUGGCGAAGGUUCGCUUGAUGGAGCUGAGCUGAAAGCUACUGGCUUGAAAGGGAAGUUUAAGAUGCCCAAGUUCGACAAGCCCAAAUUUGGAGUGUCCGCUCCCAAAGUGGAAGGGCUGGAAGGUCAAGUCAGCCUGCCCACCGCAGAGGUUGACCUCCCUUCUGCCACCGUCACGGCCGCAGUGGAAGUUCCCAGCGCCACAGUAGAAGGGGCCGAGUGCGAGGUUGAGAAGCCCUCCCUCAAAAUGCCCACAGUGGACAUCAAAGCUCCCAAGCUGGACAUCAGCCUCCCAUCCGUUGAUGUCACCCUCCCAAAACCCAGCCUCGACCUACAGGCACCCGAGGUCACCCUCACCCUCGAAGGGGAAGCAAAAGCCCCAGAGAAAGAGGUCUCAAAGACCAAGGACGGCAAGUUCAAGAUGCCCAAGUUCGGCAUGCCCUCCUUUGGCUGGUCCAGCAGCAGAGAGGCCAAAGGCACUGUGGCCGCUGACGUGGACGUAAGCCUCAAGGAAACCCAAGUCACGGUGCCCUCGGGAAGUGUCGAAGUUGACGUCGCUUUGCCAGUGGACGAGAUCCAAGCACCCGGCAAGGACAUGACCAUUGAGACUGCUGCCGCAGGAGACCGCGAGAAAGGUAAAUUCAAGAUGCCCAGCAUCACGCUGCCCAAAGUCAAAGCUCCCCACGUGCAAGUCUCGCUGCCAAAGGCAGAGGUCUCGCUGCCCAAAGCUCAGGCAGAAGGCCAGCAGGGCGAACUCGUCCUGCAGGGCCCUGAAGCCCAAGGUGGCCUGGACGUGGCUGCUGGCAAAGUUGAGGGCCCUAGCAUGAAAAUACAAAUGCCCAAAGUCAAGGUGCCCAGUGUGGCCUUCUCCAAGCCCACUGUCGAGCCUCCCAAAGUGGAUGCAGAAAUCAGCCUUCCCAAAGUCGACGCCAGCCUCCCAGAGGUGGAUGUCCAGGUCGGCACAGGCACCAUCAGCAUGGCAGAUCCUGGCGAGAAGAUGCCCUGUGUCGAAGGCUCCCUUGAGAUAAAGGCGCCUGAGAUAGGCCUCAAAGUGCCCUCUGGUGAAGGUUCGCUUGAUGGAGCUGAGCUGAAAGCUACUGGCCUGAAAGGGAAGUUUAAGAUGCCCAAGUUCGACAAGCCCAAAUUUGGGGUGUCCGCUCCCAAGGUGGAAGGGCUGGAAGGCCAGGUCAGCCUGCGCACCGCAGAGGUUGACCUCCCCUCUACCACCGUCACGGCCACAGGGGAACUCCCCAGCGCCAAAGUGGAAGGGGGAAAGUGCGAGGUUGAGAAGCCGUCCCUCAAAAUGCCCACAGUGGACAUCAAAGCUCCCAAGCUGGACAUCAGCCUCCCAUCCGUUGAUGUCACCCUCCCAAAGGCCAGCCUCGACCUACAGGCACCCGAGGCAGCCCUCACCCUCGAAGGGGAAGCAAAAGCCCCAGAGAAAGAGGUCUCAAAGACCAAGGACGGCAAGUUCAAGAUGCCCAAGUUCGGCAUGCCCUCCUUUGGCUGGUCCAGCAGCAGAGAGGCCAAAGGCACUGUGGCCGCUGACGUGGACGUCAGCCUCAAGGAAACACAAGUUACGGUGCCCUCAAAAAGUAUCGAAGUUGAUGUCACUCUGCCUGCGGCUGAGAUCCAAGCGCCCAGCGUGGAUGUGACCAUCGAGACGGCUGCUGCAGGAGAUGGUGAGAAAGGCCGAUUCAAGAUGCCCGAUGUCAAGAUGCCGAGCGUCAAGCUGCCCAAAGUCAAAGCUCCCCACGUGCAGGUCUCGCUGCCCAAAGCUCAGGCAGAAGGCCAGCAGGGCGAACUCGUCCUGCAGGGCCCCGAAGCCCAAGGUAGUCUGGACGUGGCUGCUGGCAAAGUUGAGGGCCCUAGCAUGAAAAUACAAAUGCCCAAAGUCAAGGUGCCCAGUGUGGCCUUCUCCAAGCCCACUGUCGAGCCUCCCAAAGUGGAUGCAGAAGUCAGCCUUCCCAAAGUCGACGCCAGCCUCCCAGAGGUGGAUGUCCAGGUCGGCACAGGCACUAUCAGCAUGGCAGCCCCUGACAUCAAGAUGCCCUCCGCUGAAGGCUCCAUCGAGCUCCAGGCACCUGAGAUAGACCUCAAAGUGCCCUCUGGUGAAGGUUCGCUUGAUGGAGCUGAGCUGAAAGCUACUGGCUUGAAAGGGAAGUUUAAGAUGCCCAAGUUUGACAAGCCCAAAUUUGGAGUAUCCGCUCCCAAGGUGGAAGGGCUGGAAGGUCAGGUCAGCCUACAAACCACAGAGGUUGAUCUCCCCUCUGCCACCGUCACGGCCACAGGGGAAGUCCCCAGCGCCAAAGUGGAAGAGGCCGAGUGCGAGAUUGAGAAGCCCACCCUCAAAAUGCCCACAGUGGACAUCAAAGCUCCAAAGGUGGACAUCAGCCUCCCGUCUCUUGACGUCACCCCCCCAAAGGCCAGCCUCGACCUACAGGCACCCGAGGCAGCCCUCACCCUCGAAGGGGAAGCAAAAGCCCCAGAGAAAGAGGUCUCAAAGACCAAGGAUGGCAAGUUCAAGAUGCCCAAGUUCGGCAUGCCCUCCUUUGGCUGGUCCAGCAGCAGAGAGGCCAAAGGCACUGUGGCCGCUGACGUGGACGUCAGCCUCAAGGAACCCCAAGUCACAGUGCCCUCGGGAAGUUUCGAAGUUGAUGUCGCUCUGCCUGGGGCCGAGAUCCAAGCGCCCUGCGCGGAUGUGGCCGUCGAGAUGGCUGCUGCAGGAGAUGGCGAGAAAGGCCGAUUCAAGAUGCCCGAUGUCAAGAUGCCCAGCGUCAAGCUGCCCAAAGUCAAAGCUCCCCACGUGCAGGUCUCACUGCCAAAGGCAGAGGUCUCGCUGCCCAAAGCUCAGGCAGUAAGCCAGCAGGGCGAACUCGUCCUGCAGGGCCCUGAAGGCGAAGGUGGCCUGGACGUGGCUGCUGCCAAAGUUGAGGGCGGUAGCAUGAAAAUACAAAUGCCCAAAGUCAAGGUGCCCAGUGUGGCCUUCUCCAAGCCCACUGUCGAGCCUCCCAAAGUGGAUGCAGAAGUCAGCCUUCCCAAAGUCGACGCCAGCCUCCCAGAGGUGGAUGUCCAGGUCGGCACAGGCACUAUCAGCAUGGCAGCCCCUGACAUCAAGAUGCCCUCCGCUGAAGGCUCCAUCGAGCUCCAGGCACCUGAGAUAGACCUCAAAGUGCCAUCUGGUGAAGGUUCGCUUGAUGGAGCUGAGCUGAAAGCUACUGGCCUGAAAGGGAAGUUUAAGAUGCCCAAGUUCAAUAAGCCCAAAUUUGGAGUGUCCACUCCCAAGGUAGAAGGGCUGGAAGGCCAGGUCAGCCUGCCCACUGCAGAGGUUGACCUCCCCUCUGCCACCGUCACGGCCACAGGGGAACUCCCCAGCGCCAAAGUGGAAGAGGCCGAGUGCGAGGUUGAGAAGCCCUCCCUCAAAAUGCCCUCAGUGGACAUCAAAGCUCCCAAGCUGGACAUCAGCCUCCCGUCUCUUGACGUCACCCCCCCAAAGGCCAGCCUCGACCUGCAGGCACCCGAGGCAGCCCUCACCCUCGAAGGGGAAGCAAAAGCCCCAGAGAAAGAGGUCUCAAAGACCAAGGACGGCAAGUUCAAGAUGCCCAAGUUCGGCAUGCCCUCCUUUGGCUGGUCCAGCAGCAGAGAGGCCAAAGGCACUGUGGCCGCUGACGUGGACGUCAGCCUCAAGGAACCCCAAGUCACAGUGCCCUCGGGAAGUUUCGAAGUAGAUGUCGCUCUGCCUGGGGCUGAGAUCCAAGCGCCCUGCGUGGAUGUGACCAUCGAGAUGGCUGCUGCAGGAGACGGCGAGAAAGGCCGAUUCAAGAUGCCCGAUGUCAAGAUGCCCAGCAUCAAGCUCCCCAAAGUCAAAGCUCCCCACGUGCAGGUCUCGCUGCCAAAGGCAGAGGUCUCGCUGCCCAAAGCUCAGGCAGAAAGCCAGCAGGGCGAACUCGUCCUGCAGGCCCCCGAAGGCGAAGGUGGCCUGGACGUGGCUGCUGCCAAAGUUGAGGGCCCUAGCAUGAAAAUACAAAUGCCCAAAGUCAAGGUGCCCAGUGUGGUCUUCUCCAAGCCCACUGUCGAGCCUCCCAAAGUGGAUGCAGAAGUCAGCCUUCCCAAAGUCGACGCCGGCCUGCCAGAGGUGGAUGUCCAGGUCGGCACCGGCACCAUCAGCAUGGCAGAUCCUGACAUCAAGAUGCCCUGUCUCAAAGAAUCCCUUGAGAUAAAGGCACCUGAGAUAGACCUCAAAGUGCCCUCUGGCGAAGGCUCGCUUGAUGGAGCUGAGUUAAAAGCUACUGGCUUGAAAGGGAAGUUUAAGAUGCCCAAGUUCGACAAGCCCAAAUUUGGAGUGUCCGCUCCCAAAGUGGAAGGGCUGGAAGGUCAAGUCAGCCUGCCCACCGCAGAGGUUGACCUCCCCUCUGCCACCGUCACGGCCGCAGUGGAAGUUCCCAGCGCCACAGUAGAAAGGGCCGAGUGCGAGGUUGAGAAGCCUUCCCUCAAAACGCCCACAGUGGACAUCAAAGCUCCCAAGCUGGACAUCGGCCUCCCAUCCGUUGAUGUCACCCUCCCAAAACCCAGCCUCGACCUACAGGCACCCGAGGCAGCCCUCACCCUCGAAGGGGAAGCAAAAGCCCCAGAGAAAGAGGUCUCAAAGACCAAGGAUGGCAAGUUCAAGAUGCCCAAGUUCGGCAUGCCCUCCUUUGGCUGGUCCGGCAGCAGAGAGGCCAAAGGCACCGUCAACACCGACGUGGACGUCAGCCUCAAGGACACCCAAGUCAAGGUGCCCUCGGGAAGUGUUGAAGUUGACAUCGCUCUGCCUGGCGCCGAGAUCCAAGCGCCCUGUGCGGAUGUGGCUGUCGAGACGACUGCUGCAGGAGACGGCGAGAAAGGCCGAUUCAAGAUGCCCGAUGUCAAGAUGCCCAGCGUCAAGCUCCCCAAAGUCAAAGCUCCCCACGUGCAGGUCUCGCUGCCAAAGGCAGAGGUCUCGCUGCCCAAAGCUCAGGCAGACGGCCAGCAGGGCGACCUCGUCCUGCAGGCCCCCGAAGGCCAAGGUGGCCUGGACGUGGCUGCUGGCAAAGUUGAGGGCCCUAGCAUGAAAAUACAAAUGCCCAAAGUCAAGGUGCCCAGUGUGGCCUUCUCCAAGCCCACUGUCGAGCCUCCCAAAGUGGAUGCAGAAGUCAGCCUUCCCAAAGUCGACGCCAGCCUCCCAGAGGUGGAUGUCCAGGUCGGCACCGGCACCAUCAGCAUGGCAGAUCCUGACAUCAAGAUGCCCUCCGCCGAAGGCUCCAUCGAGCUCCAGGCACCUGAUAUAGACCUCAAAGUGCCCUCUGGUGAUGGUUCGCCUGAUGCAGCUGAGCUGAAAGCUACUGGACUGAAAGGGAAGUUUAAGAUGCCCAAGUUCGACAAGCCCAAAUUUGGAGUGUCCGCUCCCAAAGUGGAAGGGCUGGAAGGUCAAGUCAGCCUGCCCACCGCAGAGGUUGACCUCCCCUCUGCCACCGUCAUGGCCACAGCGGAACUCCCCAGCGCCAAAGUGGAAGAGGCCGAGUGCAAAGUUGAGAAGCCUUCCCUCAAAAUGCCCACAGUGGACAUCAAAGCUCCCAAGCUGGACAUCAGCCUCCCGCCUCUUGACGUCACCCUCCCAAAGGCCAGCCUCGACCUGCAGGCACCUGAGGCAGCCCUCACCCUCGAAGGGGAAGCAAAAGCCCCAGAGAAAGAGGUCUCAAAGACCAAGGACAGCAAGUUCAAGAUGCCCAAGUUCGGCAUGCCCUCCUUUGGCUGGUCCAGCAGCAAAGAGGCCAAAGACACAGUGGCCACUGACGUGGACGUCAGCCUCAGGGAAACACAAGUUACAGUGCCCUCAAAAAGUAUCGAAGUUGAUGUCACUCUGCCUGCGGCUGAGAUCCAAGCGCCCAGCGUGGAUGUGGCCGUCGAGACGGCUGCUGCAGGAGAUGGCGAGAAAGGCCGAUUCAAGAUGCCCAGCGUCAAGCUGCCCAAAGUCAAAGCUCCCCACGUGCAGGUCUCGCUGCCAAAGGCAGAGGUCUCGCUGCCCAAAGCUCAGGCAGAAGGCCAGCAGGGCGAACUCGUCCUGCAGGGCCCCGAAGGCCAAGGUGGCCUGGACGUGGCUGCUGGAAAAGUUGAGGGCGGUAGCAUGAAAAUACAAAUGCCCAAAGUCAAGGUGCCCAGUGUGGCCUUCUCCAAGCCCACUGUCGAGCCUCCCAAAGUGGAUGCAGAAGUCAGCCUUCCCAAAGUCGACGCCAGCCUCCCAGAGGUGGAUGUCCAGGUCGGCACAGGCACCAUCAGCAUGGCAGAUCCUGGCGAGAAGAUGCCCUGUGUCGAAGGCUCCCUUGAGAUACAGGCGCCCGAGAUAGACCUCGAAGUGCCCUCUGGUGAAGGUUCACUUGAUGGAGCUGAGCUGAAAGCUACUGGCCUGAAAGGGAAGUUUAAGAUGCCCAAGUUCGACAAGCCCAAAUUUGGAGUGUCCGCUCCCAAGGUGGAAGGGCUGGAAGGCCAGGUCAGCCUGCCCACCGCAGAGGUUGACCUCCCUUCUGCCACCGCCAUGGCCACAGGGGAACUCCCCAGCGCCAAAGUGGAAGGGGGAAAGUGCGAGGUUGAGAAGCCCUCCCUCAAAAUGCCCACAGUGGACAUCAAAGCUCCCAAGCUGGACAUCAGCCUCCCGUCUCUUGACGUCACCCCUCCAAAAGCCAGCCUCGACCUACAGGCACCCGAGGUCACCCUCACCCUCGAAGGGGAAGCAAAAGCCCCAGAGAAAGAGGUCUCAAAGACCAAGGACGGCAAGUUCAAGAUGCCCAAGUUCGGCAUGCCCUCCUUUGGCUGGUCCAGCAGCAGAGAGGCCAAAGGCACUGUGGCCACUGACGUGGACGUCAGCCUCAAGGAAACCCAAGUCAAGGUGCCCUCGGGAAGUGUUGAAGGUGACAUCGCUCUGCCUGGGGCCGAGAUCCAAGCGCCCUGCGCGGAUGUGACCGUUGAGACGGCUGCUGCAGGAGAUGGCGAGAAAGGACGAUUCAAGAUGCCCGAUGUCAAGAUGCCCAGCGUCAAGCUGCCCAAAGUCAAAGCUCCCCACGUGCAGGUCUCGCUGCCAAAGGCAGAGCUCUCGCUGCCCAAAGCUCAGGCAGAAGGCCAGCAGGGCAAACUCAUCCUGCAAGGUCCCGAAGCCCAAGGUGGUCUGGACAUGGCUGCUGGCAAAGCUGAGGGCCCUAGCAUGAAAAUACAAAUGCCCAAAGUCAAGGUGCCCAGUGUGGCCUUCUCCAAGCCCACUGUCGAGCCUCCCAAAGUGGAUGCAGAGGUCAGCCUUCCCAAAGUCGACGCCAGCCUGCCAGAGGUGGAUGUCCAGGUCGGCACAGGCACUAUCAGCAUGGCAGCCACUGACAUCAAGAUGCCCUCCGCUGAAGGCUCCAUCGAGCUCCAGGCACCUGAGAUAGACCUCAAAGUGCCCUCUGGUGAAGGUUCGCUUGAUGGAGCUGAGCUGAAAGCUACUGGACUGAAAGGGAAGUUUAAGAUGCCCAAGUUCGACAAGCCCAAAUUUGGAGUGUCCGCUCCCAAAGUGGAAGGGCUGGAAGGUCAAGUCAGCCUGCCCACUGCAGAGGUUGACCUCCCUUCUGCCACCGUCACGGCCGCAGUGGAAGGUCCCAGCGCCACAGUAGAAGGGGCCAAGUGCGAGGUUGAGAAGCCCUCCCUCAAAAUGACCACAGUGGACAUCAAAGCUCCCAAGGUGGACAUCAGCCUCCCAUCCGUUGAUGUCACCCUCCCAAAACCCAGCCUCGACCUACAGGGACCCGAGGUCACCCUCACCCUCGAAGGGGAAGCAAAAGCCCCAGAGAAAGAGGUCUCAAAGACCAAGGACGGCAAGUUCAAGAUGCCCAAGUUCGGCAUGCCCUCCUUUGGCUGGUCCAGCAGCAGAGAGGCCAAAGGCACUGUGGCCGCUGACGUGGACGUCAGCCUCAAGGAACCCCAAGUCAAGGUGCCCUCGGGAAGUGUUGAAGUUGACAUCGCUCUGCCUGGCGCCGAGAUCCAAGCGCCCUGCGCGGAUGUGGCCGUCGAGACGGCUGCUGCAGGAGACGGCGAGAAAGGCCGAUUCAAGAUGCCCGAUGUCAAGAUGCCCAGCGUCAAGCUCCCCAAAGUCAAAGCUCCCCACGUGCAGGUCUCGCUGCCAAAGGCAGAGGUCUCGCUGCCCAAAGCUCAGGCAGAAGGCCAGCAGGGCGAACUCAUCCUGCAGGCCCCCGAAGGCCAAGGUGGUCUGGACGUGGCUGCUGGCAAAGUUGAGGGCCCUAGCAUGAAAAUACAAAUGCCCAAAGUCAAGGUGCCCAGUGUGGCCUUCUCCAAGCCCACUGUCGAGCCUCCCAAAGUCGACGCCAGCCUCCCAGAGGUGGAUGUCCAGGUCGGCACAGGCACCAUCAGCAUGGCAGAUCCUGACAUCAAGAUGCCCUCCGCUGAAGGCUCCAUCGAGCUCCAGGCACCUGAGAUAGACCUCAAAGUGCCCUCUGGUGAAGGUUCGCUUGAUGGAGCUGAGCUGAAAGCUACUGGACUGAAAGGGAAGUUUAAGAUGCCCAAGUUCGACAAGCCCAAAUUUGGAGUGUCCGCUCCCAAGGUGGAAGGGCUGGAAGGCCAGGUCAGCCUGCCCACUGCAGAGGUUGACCUCCCUUCUGCCACCGCCAUGGCCACAGGGGAACUCCCCAGCGCCAAAGUGGAAGGGGGAAAGUGCGAGUUUGAGAAGCCCUCCUUCAAAAUGCCCACAGUGGACAUCAAAGCUCCCAAGCUGGACAUCAGCCUCCCGUCUCUUGACAUCACUCCCCCAAAGGCCAGCCUCGACCUACAGGCACCCGAGGCAGCCCUCACCCUCGAAGGGGAAGCAAAAGCCCCAGAGAAAGAGGUCUCAAAGACCAAGGACGGCAAGUUCAAGAUGCCCAAGUUCGGCAUGCCCUCCUUUGGCUGGUCCAGCAGCAGAGAGGCCAAAGACACAGUGGCCACUGACGUGGACGUCAGCCUCAAGGAAACCCAAGUCAAGGUGCCCUCGGGAAGUGUUGAAGUUGACAUUGCUCUGCCUGGGGCCGAGAUCCAAGCGCCCUGCGCGGAUGUGACCGUCGAGAUGGCUGCUGCAGGAGAUGGUGAGAAAGGCCGAUUCAAGAUGCCCGAUGUCAAGAUGCCGAGCGUCAAGCUGCCCAAAGUCAAAGCUCCCCACGUGCAGGUCUCGCUGCCAAAGGCAGAGGUCUCGCUGCCCAAAGCUCAGGCAGAAGGCCAGCAGGGCGAACUCGUCCUGCAGGGCCCCGAAGCCCAAGGUGGCCUGGACAUGGCUGCUGGCAAAGUUGAGGGCCCUAGCAUGAAAAUACAAAUGCCCAAAGUCAAGGUGCCCAGUGUGGCCUUCUCCAAGCCCACUGUCGAGCCUCCCAAAGUGGAUGCAGAAGUCAGCCUUCCCAAAGUCGACGCCAGCCUCCCAGAGGUGGAUGUCCAGGUCGGCACAGGCACCAUCAGCAUGGCAGCCCCUGACAUCAAGAUGCCCUCCGCUGAAGGCUCCCUUGAGAUAAAGGCGCCUGAGAUGGACCUCAAAGUGCCCUCUGGCGAAGGUUCGCUUGAUGGAGCUGAGCUGAAAGCUACUGGCUUGAAAGGGAAGUUUAAGAUGCCCAAGUUCGACAAGCCCAAAUUUGGAGUGUCCGCUCCCAAAGUGGAAGGGCUGGAAGGUCAAGUCAGCCUGCCCACCGCAGAGGUUGACCUCCCCUCUGCCACCGUCACGGCCGCAGUGGAAGGUCCCAGCGCCACAGUAGAAGGGGCCAAGUGCGAGGUUGAGAAGCCCUCCCUCAAAAUGACCACAGUGGACAUCAAAGCUCCCAAGCUGGACAUCAGCCUCCCAUCCGUUGAUGUCACCCUCCCAAAGGCCAGCCUCGACCUACAGGGACCCGAGGUCACCCUCACCCUCGAAGGGGAAGCAAAAGCCCCAGAGAAAGAGGUCUCAAAGACCAAGGACGGCAAGUUCAAGAUGCCCAAGUUCGGCAUGCCCUCCUUUGGCUGGUCCAGCAGCAGAGAGGCCAAAGGCACUGUGGCCGCUGACGUGGACGUCAGCCUCAAGGAAACCCAAGUCAAGGUGCCCUCAAAAAGAAUCGAAGUUGACGUCACUCUGCCUGCGGCUGAGAUCCAAGCGCCCAGCGUGGAUGUGGCCGUCGAGACGGCUGCUGCAGGAGAUGGCGAGAAAGGUCAAUUCAAGAUGCCCAGCGUCAAGUUCCCCAAAGUCAAAGCUCCCCACGUGCAGGUCUCGCUGCCAAAGGCAGAGGUCUCGCUGCCCAAAGCUCAGGCAGAAGGCCAGCAGGGCGAACUCGUCCUGCAGGGCCCCGAAGCCCAAGGUGGUCUGGACGUGGCUGCUGGCAAAGUUGAGGGCCCUAGCAUGAAAAUACAAAUGCCCAAAGUCAAGGUGCCCAGUGUGGCCUUCUCCAAGCCCACUGUCGAGCCUCCCAAAGUGGAUGCAGAAGUCAGCCUUCCCAAAGUCGACGCCAGCCUCCCAGAGGUGGAUGUCCAGGUCGGCACAGGCACCAUCAGCAUGGCAGAUCCUGACAUCAAGAUGCCCUCCGCUGAAGGCUCCAUCGAGCUCCAGGCACCUGAGAUAGACCUCAAAGUGCCCUCUGGUGAAGGUUCGCUUGAUGGAGCUGAGCUGAAAGCUACUGGACUGAAAGGGAAGUUUAAGAUGCCCAAGUUCGACAAGCCCAAAUUUGGAGUGUCCGCUCCCAAGGUGGAAGGGCUGGAAGGCCAGGUCAGCCUGCCCACUGCAGAGGUUGACCUCCCUUCUGCCACCGCCAUGGCCACAGGGGAACUCCCCAGCGCCAAAGUGGAAGGGGGAAAGUGCGAGUUUGAGAAGCCCUCCUUCAAAAUGCCCACAGUGGACAUCAAAGCUCCCAAGCUGGACAUCAGCCUCCCGUCUCUUGACAUCACUCCCCCAAAGGCCAGCCUCGACCUACAGGCACCCGAGGCAGCCCUCACCCUCGAAGGGGAAGCAAAAGCCCCAGAGAAAGAGGUCUCAAAGACCAAGGACGGCAAGUUCAAGAUGCCCAAGUUCGGCAUGCCCUCCUUUGGCUGGUCCAGCAGCAGAGAGGCCAAAGACACAGUGGCCACUGACGUGGACGUCAGCCUCAAGGAAACCCAAGUCAAGGUGCCCUCGGGAAGUGUUGAAGUUGACAUUGCUCUGCCUGGGGCCGAGAUCCAAGCGCCCUGCGCGGAUGUGACCGUCGAGAUGGCUGCUGCAGGAGAUGGUGAGAAAGGCCGAUUCAAGAUGCCCGAUGUCAAGAUGCCGAGCGUCAAGCUGCCCAAAGUCAAAGCUCCCCACGUGCAGGUCUCGCUGCCAAAGGCAGAGGUCUCGCUGCCCAAAGCUCAGGCAGAAGGCCAGCAGGGCGAACUCGUCCUGCAGGGCCCCGAAGCCCAAGGUGGUCUGGACAUGGCUGCUGGCAAAGUUGAGGGCCCUAGCAUGAAAAUACAAAUGCCCAAAGUCAAGGUGCCCAGUGUGGCCUUCUCCAAGCCCACUGUCGAGCCUCCCAAAGUGGAUGCAGAAGUCAGCCUUCCCAAAGUCGACGCCAGCCUCCCAGAGGUGGAUGUCCAGGUCGGCACAGGCACCAUCAGCAUGGCAGAUCCUGACAUCAAGAUGCCCUGUCUCAAAGAAUCCCUUGAGAUAAAGGCACCUGAGAUAGACCUCAAAGUGCCCUCUGGCGAAGGUUCGCUUGAUGGAGCUGAGCUGAAAGCUACUGGCUUGAAAGGGAAGUUUAAGAUGCCCAAGUUCGACAAGCCCAAAUUUGGAGUGUCCGCUCCCAAAGUGGAAGGGCUGGAAGGUCAAGUCAGCCUGCCCACCGCAGAGGUUGACCUCCCCUCUGCCACCGUCACGGCCGCAGUGGAAGGUCCCAGCGCCACAGUAGAAGGGGCCAAGUGCGAGGUUGAGAAGCCCUCCCUCAAAAUGACCACAGUGGACAUCAAAGCUCCCAAGCUGGACAUCAGCCUCCCAUCCGUUGAUGUCACCCUCCCAAAGGCCAGCCUCGACCUACAGGGACCCGAGGUCACCCUCACCCUCGAAGGGGAAGCAAAAGCCCCAGAGAAAGAGGUCUCAAAGACCAAGGAUGGCAAGUUCAAGAUGCCCAAGUUCGGCAUGCCCUCCUUUGGCUGGUCCAGCAGCAGAGAGGCCAAAGGCACUGUGGCCGCUGACGUGGACGUCAGCCUCAAGGAAACCCAAGUCAAGGUGCCCUCAAAAAGAAUCGAAGUUGACGUCACUCUGCCUGCGGCUGAGAUCCAAGCGCCCAGCGUGGAUGUGGCCGUCGAGACGGCUGCUGCAGGAGAUGGCGAGAAAGGUCAAUUCAAGAUGCCCAGCGUCAAGCUGCCCAAAGUCAAAGCUCCCCACGUGCAGGUCUCGCUGCCAAAGGCAGAGGUCUCGCUGCCCAAAGCUCAGGCAGAAGGCCAGCAGGGCGAACUCGUCCUGCAGGGCCCCGAAGCCCAAGGUGGUCUGGACGUGGCUGCUGGCAAAGUUGAGGGCGGUAGCAUGAAAAUACAAAUGCCCAAAGUCAAGGUGCCCAGUGUGGCCUUCUCCAAGCCCACUGUCGAGCCUCCCAAAGUGGAUGCAGAAGUCAGCCUUCCCAAAGUCGACGCCAGCCUCCCAGAGGUGGAUGUCCAGGUCGGCACAGGCACCAUCAGCAUGGCAGAUCCUGACAUCAAGAUGCCCUCCGCUGAAGGCUCCAUCAAGCUCCAGGCACCUGAGAUAGACCUCAAAGUGCCCUCUGGCGAAUGCUCGCUUGAUGGAGCUGAGCUGAAAGCUACUGGACUGAAAGGGAAGUUUAAGAUGCCCAAGUUCGACAAGCCCAAAUUUGGAGUGUCCGCUCCCAAAGUGGAAGGGCUGGAAGGUCAAGUCAGCCUGCCCACCGCAGAGGUUGACCUCCCUUCUGCCACCGUCACGGCCGCAGUGGAAGGUCCCAGCGCCACAGUAGAAGGGGCCGAGUGCGAGGUUGAGAAGCCCUCCCUCAAAAUGCCCACAGUGGACAUCAAAGCUCCCAAGCUGGACAUCAGCCUCCCGUCUCUUGACAUUACUCCCCCAAAGGCCAGCCUCGACCUACAGGCACCCGAGGCAGCCCUCACCCUCGAAGGGGAAGCAAACGCCCCAGAGAAAGAGGUCUCAAAGACCAAGGACGGCAAGUUCAAGAUGCCCAAGUUCGGCAUGCCCUCCUUUGGCUGGUCCAGCAGCAAAGAGGCCAAAGGCACCGUCGACGCCGACGUGGACGUCAGCCUCAAGGAAACCCAAGUCAAGGUGCCCUCGGGAAGUGUUGAAGUUGACAUCGCUCUGCCUGGGGCCGAGAUCCAAGCGCCCUGCGCGGAUGUGGCCGUCGAGACGGCUGCUGCAGGAGAUGGCGAGAAAGGCCGAUUCAAGAUGCCCGAUGUCAAGAUGCCCAGCGUCAAGCUCCCCAAAGUCAAAGCUCCCCACGUGCAGGUCUCGCUGCCAAAGGCAGAGGUCUCGCUGCCCAAAGCUCAGGCAGAAGGCCAGCAGGGCGAACUCGUCCUGCAGGGCCCCAAAGCCCAAGGUGGUCUGGACGUGGCUGCUGGCAAAGUUGAGGGCCCUAGCAUGAAAAUACAAAUGCCCAAAGUCAAGGUGCCCAGUGUGGCCUUCUCCAAGCCCACUGUCGAGCCUCCCAAAGUGGAUGCAGAAGUCAGCCUUCCCAAAGUCGACGCCAGCCUGCCAGAGGUGGAUGUCCAGGUCGGCACAGGCACCAUCAGCAUGGCAGCCCCUGACAUCAAGAUGCCCUCCGCUGAAGGCUCCAUCGAGCUCCAGGCACCUGAGAUAGACCUCAAAGUGCCCUCUGGUGAAGGUUCGCUUGAUGGAGCUGAGCUGAAAGCUACUGGCUUGAAAGGGAAGUUUAAGAUGCCCAAGUUCGACAAGCCCAAAUUUGGAGUGUCCACUCCCAAGGUGGAAGGGCUGGAAGGUCAAGUCAGCCUGCCCACUGCAGAGGUUGACCUCCCUUCUGCCACCGUCACGGCCACAGGGGAACUCCCCAGCGCCAAAGUAGAAGGGGCCGAGUGCAAGGUUGAGAAGCCCUCCCUCAAAAUGCCCACAGUGGACAUCAAAGCUCCCAAGCUGGACAUCAGCCUCCCGUCUGUUGACGUCACCCCCCCAAAGGCCAGCCUCGACCUGCAGGCACCUGAGGCAGCCCUCACCCUCGAAGGGGAAGCAAAAGCCCCAGAGAAAGAGGUCUCAAAGACCAAGGACGGCAAGUUCAAGAUGCCCAAGUUCGGCAUGCCCUCCUUUGGCUGGUCCAGCAGCAAAGAGGCCAAAGGCACCGUGGCCGCCAAUGUGGACAUCACCCUCAAGGAAUCCCAAGUCACGGUGCCCUCUGGAAGUGUCAAAGUCGAUGUCCCUCUUGCCACAGCUGAGAUCCAAGUGCCUGUCCUUGAUGCGGUUGCAGAUUCUCCUUCCGGAAAAGAGGAUGAGAUAGGUAAACCUAAAAGUUCUCUGUUUAGAAUUCCUAAGUUUUCUCUUUCUAAAAGUGCUAAACAAAUACCGUGUGAAUCAGAAGUUGACAUUUCUGUUUUAGAAUCUAGUUGUUUUUCAGUAACGGAGGGAAGUCCUGCUGUUCUGUCAGGUACUGUCAGAUCUAAACAUCUUCCUGACAUUACGGGUGAGAGUGGCUCUGGCCAUGCUAAUUUUAGAUUUCCUAGCUUGGGUUUCUCCAAAAUUGAUAUUGGUCCUUCUAAAAUUCUAGAGGAUUCCCCAUUACCAAAAGGAGAUGUUACUCUUACUAAAUAUCAAAUUAAUCUUGCAGAUACUGAUUCAAAAAUUUCACCUCUUUCUGAUGAGAAAAUUUCAAUAACGGAUGUUGGAAUUUUAAAGGAAGAUGGUUCUGUGCAGCAACGACAUCUGAAGGCAGAAGAGGAAACGCCAGCUGCUGAAUCAUGUGGGGGUGACAUUGAAUUUUUAGUUAAAAUUCCUAAAUUUGGGGCCCCAAAAUUUGGAGUUUCUCAGUCUAAGGGAAAACCAUCAGAAAGUGAUAGUGGUUCCAUAGUUGAAUGUGAAACUUUCCAGGGAAGAAUAACAUCUGAUAUGACUUACACCAAUACUGAAAAACCAACUCAGAUUCCUGAUGCUGAGUUAAGUGUAAAGAUGCACAAGUCUUCACCUGACGUUGUUCUGUAUACACCCAAGUUCGAUGUUAGUCUCCCAACAACAGAAGCUACCAUGCCAAAAUUAGAAGUGGAAAUCUGUAGCCCAGAUUUAGAGAAGAAGGCAGAACAGGAAAUAGUUUCAGGAGAGAAGGAUGCUGAGGAGAAAGAAAACAAAUUUAGAACACCAAAAUUCAAAUUACCUUCUUUUAGUUGGUCACCAAAGAAAGAAACUAUUGUUCCUUCUGAAGUUGAGGGUCAUCUGGAAGGACCCACUUUGCCAAGUUUAUCUGGAGAGAUAGAAUCUGAAUUAACAUUUCCUACCCCCGAGAAUCAAUACCUUCAGGUGGAAUUUGACGCAUCAACAGAAAAAGACAGUGAAAAGGGCAAAACCAAGAGGUCUCAAUUUAUGAUGCCAAAGAUCUCAUUCCCUAAAAUGAAGGGUCAGAAACUCCAAGUCUCUCUGCCCGUAUUGGAAACUGAGGUUUGUGGUUCGAAACAAGAAAAAGAUGAUGUUUCAGUACAGAAAUCUAAGCAAGAAAGCAGUGGAGAAGGGGCAGGAAUGGGCAUGAAAACGCCAAAAGUUACGCUCCCAACUUUGGAAUUUUCCAAACCGCAAGUCAAAGCUGCCAAAGUAGAGAUGGAUAUUAGCAUGCAUACAGGUGAGGUCGUAAUUCCUACGUAUGAGGAAGAUGACCUGACAUUGAAAUCAGCUGCUGCUAAUGCCACCUUCUCCACUUCGGAUAUUAAGAUGACACCUGAAGGCUCCCUUGAGGUGAAGAGUCCUGACACAAGUGUUGAAAGACCAUCAAGUGAAAUUGGUGUGGGUGAUGUAGAAAUAAAAAUUGAAGGUCCUGAAGGGAAAAUUAAACCACCUAAAUUCCAAAUGCCAAAGUUUGGAAUUACACAUUCUAAAGGGAAAGGAUCAGAAAAAGAUAUCAGCCAAUCCAAACCAGAAGUCAAGGUUCCCCAACUAAAAGCAAUGGUAGAAAUAGCUGACAUUGCUGUUGAAGCACCUAGUUUGGAGGUGGAAUGUGGUACAGGAACAGGAACUUACAGCCCUAAAGUCAAAAUAACCAAAGCCGACAAUAAGCCGUCAGAGGCUGAUGUUCACCUCCCAUCAACUGAUACUUCUAUUCCAAAACCAGACAGUGGUAUUCAGGAGUCAGAUGCAGCGCUGAAAAUCAAAGGGGAAAUAAAGCAAGAUGGAGAUGGAGAAGAGAAAGAAGGGCAUUUCAAAAUUCCAAAAUUCAAACUUCCAUCCUUCAGCUGGUCACCAAAGAAGGAAGCAAGUGUUAAAACAGAUUCUGAAGCAAAUUUAGAAGAUCAAAAACCUGCUAUAACAUCAGGCAGAACAGACACAGAAGUAAGAGGAACAGCAACUGAUCAUCAAGGUACUGGGUCAGCCCUUGAUACGGAAAUACCUGUAGGAAAAGUUGAACACAAAAGUCCAACAAAAAAGCCUCAAUUUGUUAUGCCUAAAAUUUCACUCUCCAAGAUCAAGGUUCCCAAAUCUCAGGCACAUUCACCAAAAGCUGAAGUUGAUGCUACUAUUUCUAAAACAGAAAGAGAGGGUGACGAUUCAAUACAGAUACCUGACGUAGAAAAAAGUCAUUCUGAAAGGACAGAAGAAGGGACACAAAUAAGCAUAAAACUGGCUGAUAUUAAGAUACCCACUCUGGAGUUUUCCAAAAUAGAAACUGGAGCCUCCCAAACUGAAAUGGGAGUCAGUUCAGCAAAGAGUGAUGCUGCUCUGACUCCCUCAGAGGGGAGUUUUAAACAGGCUGUCCAAAAAUCAAGUUCUGCCGAUGAAGAUACCAGCCAAAAAACAGGUAUUGACUUCUCCAAAGGAGAAACUUCAGUUGAACUGAGGAGCCCUGAAAUAGUAACAGAAAGAUCAACAGUUGUUGAUGGAAGAAAGACAAAAUUGGAAGGUCCUGAAGGGAAGAUUAAAAUGCCCAAAUUCCAGAAGCCUAAGUUUGGAAUCUCCCUAACAAAAGGGAGAGGCCCAGAGACAGAGAUCAGCUCUCCAAAAAUAGAAGCUGUGCUACCCCAGGAAAAAAUGACAAAUGAAAUUGCCAACAUUGCUGUGGGAGUUCCAGCAUCAGAACUUAUAUCUCAUACGUCAGAUCCUGCAGUAGGUGUUUAUGCUUGUAAGAUAAAAACACCUCAAGUUCUGUCACCUGGCACUGAAGCUCCAAAAGUAGACAUAACCCCCCAGUCAGUGUCUAAACCAGUGACAGAGGAAGGUACCAAGAGUCUUGAGGAGAAAGAAAUCAAAGAAGAACAUGAAAUAAAAGCUGAAGAAGUUCAGAUUGAAGAACAUCAGGGAUGGUUUAAAAUGCCAAAAUUCAGAAUACCUGCAUUUGGCAGGACAUCCUUAAAGGGAAAAAAAGAUGAUGCUGAUACUAAAAGAAGUACAGAAAAAACUCAGACAGGCAUUCCCUCUGCCAAUGUACAAACUGAAACGAGUAUUCCUGAAAAUGACUUCUCAUUACCACAAGCAGUCACUGAAAUUACUGUUGGAGAAGAAAGGAUUUCAAAAUUAGGAGAUUCUGUGAAGAGUUCUGAUGUUAGAUUGCCAAAGCUGGAAGGAGAUAUUUCAUUAUCUCCAGAAAAAACAGAUAGUAGAGUCAAUAUUCAAAAAACUGACACUUAUGCAGACAUAGUUAAGCGCGGCGCUGAAGGACAAAAAAUGCACACUUUAGACUUCACAGUGUCUUCAGCAGAGUUGUCUAAAUCAUACCUAAGUGCUUCAGAGACUGACAAAGACAACAGUUUAACAAAUACGUUUCCUACGUGUACUCUGAUUCUUGAAGAGCAUAAAGUCAAAUCACAGGAUAUAGAAAUGCCAAAGGUAGAAAGUUCCACUAAGUUCAAGACUGCAGGAGUAGGAUGUAAACCAUCAUCAGCUGAAAUUACUCUGUAUGCAACACAGGAGAAAACAGAUGUUAGUCUUCCAAAGGAAGAGCUAGAUGUUCAAAAUCAAGAGGAAGUACUUAAAAAAGGAAAGACGAAGGAUGAGGUGAAAAUUACAGGAAAAGACAGUGAAGUAAGCCAAUUGAAAAGGCCUACAUGUGAAUGGUCUACAACAAAAGGAUCAGAAGAUGGUGUUUAUGUUACAGCCAAGAUGGAAGAUUUAAAGGUUGAAGUUCCAGCAGUGAAAAUGGAUGUUAAAAUUGCUAAAGUAGAUCCUGAAAUGAAAUUUCAAGUUAAAAGCAUUGAGAAGGACACGUCUGCAGCAGGGAAAGUGCAAGUCGAGGACAGAGCAGAAACAAGUACAAUUAAAACAUACAAGUUUAAUAUUCCCAAGUUUGGAGUGUUGCCUUCAGAAGCAAAGGGUUUUGAAGAUGAUGUCCAUUUGCUAAAGUCAGAAUCUGAUUCAGUGUCUAAAACUGAAACAGGCACAGUAGAAAUGCGGUUUCAAAAAUCAGAGGGAUCCAUUGGCCUAAAAAGUCCAGCUCUAGAUCAUAUGGAACCAUCUGCCAGAGUAACAGUGGAAACAGUUGAAAAAUCACAAGGUGGCCCAGAAGUAUAUAUAAAAAUUCCCAAACUAAAAAUACCAAGAUUCGGUUUCCAAGCUCUCCCAAUUGAAGCUGAUGUUUCACGGUCAACAGUGGUAACAGAUCAAAAGGGAUCCAGUGGUGACAUUGAAGUAGUGCAACUGCACGCAAGCUCUGCUCUCCAUGAAGAAACACCAGAGGCUUUACAGGGGGGUAUUCAAAAAGCAAAAAGCAAAUUUCUAACACUGACGGAACCUGACAUUAAAACAGCACAGAUGACUAUCAGCACAGAGUCCUCCCUUUCAAAUGCAGGGCAAGACAUCCAUUGGUCGUAUGUAGAAGGCCAAGAAGUGAGUGAGAAAGUAGAACCUGAACAUGUUGCAAUUGAAAGAUGUGAGAUUUACAGUACUGAAAUACUGAAAGAAUCAGAGAUUCUCUCAUCAGAAGUCAAAACUGCUACUUUGGGAUUCUCAUUGCUCAAGGGGAAGUUGCCUGAAUCACACAGCAACUUAGAAGUGCUACUCCAGCAGUCACCUUCGACAGAAGAUGAACCAGUGAGCAAACCUAAAUGUGUUGAUGAAAGCUUUGGUGAAGCAGCACAGAGGACUGGCAGUGCUGAGCUUAAACUGUCUGACAAACCACACGGGGACACUGAAGAAUCUUGUGGAGAAGUAAGUUUGCCAAAGGUAAAAACAUUUGCCAUUGAAGUAAAGCCUUCCAGUAAACCUGAAGAGAGUUAUCCUGAUAAGUCACCAGAGGGUAUAACUGCAGGUUCUCUCUCUAAAGAUGAGGACGUAGCUGAAGCACUAGAAGAUGAAGAAAAAGAUACAGCCAAAGAAAAAGAAAAGACUGAUGGUAAAAGAUCUCCUGGAAGAUUCAAAUUUUGGCUUCCAAGCAUUGGGUUUUCAUCUUCUGGUGGUGAAACAAGCACAGAUUCAAAAACAGAAGUAAAAAAAUCAGUUCCAGAAGAUGUGAAACCUGCUGACACAUCAGAUAAUGAUUAUUCUAAGCAUGCUGAAAAAACUGGGUGGUUUAGAUUCCCCAAGCUUGGUUUCACAUCUCCUUCCAAGAAGGCCAAGUCUAUUGACAAAGAAGAGGUAAGUCACAAAGAGGGAAGAAUCUCAGAUGAAGACAGCCCGUCAGAUAAACCUGAGAUUUUUUUUGAUGCACAAGAAAGCUUAUCGCCUAAAGAAACAACAGAAGGUGAAAAAGCUGAAAUUGAUGGGGCCUCAUCUAAUGUUCCUGUUUCUCGAACCAUCGUGACAUCUUCAGCAAGAACUGAACUAAUCUUGUUGGAAGAAGAAAAAGAUAGUCCAUCUAAUAUUCCUGGAGAUAAAGACAAAUGAAAAUUGUUUUUUCUCAACUCCCAGUGAAAAUCAAAUAAUCUACAUAUGCUGAGAAAAAAAUGUUUUCUUAAUUUUCUAUAAUUGAAAUGAAACAAAACCCAAAGCUGAUAUUUAUGAAAACAGUUAAACAGAAUUUGCUACAUUUAAAUUUUCUAGUAUAUGGAUGUGCUAUACUGUGCACUAAUAAAAAUACUGAUUUCUGCAAAUCUGCCCCAAAGGCAACAUUUACUACAGGUACACAGUUUUAGCAAAGGUUUAAAAGAAACGUGAGCCAUGAAAGUAAACCAUUGAAAGGCUUGAUGAUAGCAGAAAGACUUGUUAAAUAGGCUUCUCAAAAAUAAACCAAUCAUGUUUAGAGUAUAGAUUAUUUCCAGAAUGGUCUAUAAACUAGUACCAUGAGAACUACACUUACUUGUUUAUAUUUUGGACCUUUCUGUCUCAGUUUUGCCUUCUUAUUAAAAUAUUUUUAUUUCCUCUAAGGUAAUAUGUAUAUUCCACAAGCAUUUUAAAAAGCAAAAUAAAAUUCUACUGUAAAGAGACUAAUGCUUUACACUUCCUCUCUUCUUGUUUUUUUUUAUUGUUGUGGUGGGUCACAUUAAGCCUUAAAAGAAUUGUAAAAAAACCAACAGAAUGAACUCAAGACCAAAACCCAUAUAACUAAUUCACAUUUUUAAGAUACCAAAAUAAAACAUGCUGACAAAGAAUAAUUAUUAUAAUGUGGAUAAAUAAAUUUUAAUGUAUAUAUUUACCAGAUAGAUAAAUGCAUAGAACGAUCUGCCAUACUGGUAGAAUUGCUUCAAAGAUUUUCUGGGAAAGGAGUUGUAUAUAAUUAUUUGCUUCUUUGUUUAUAUUAGUGCUUCUCUCAAGUGCACAACAGAAAACAGAGUGCAUAUGUGACAGCCUUCAUAUGUAUCAUUUAACCAUUGUCUGUAUUCUUAAUUCACAAUAAACUCACCAUAUGAAUGACUUGAGUAGAGUGAGUU